ACAUGUUCAUGUGGUUCUUGCCUGAAAGCUACAUUUGGGACCCUCUUGCUGGGAAAGAUAGGGCUUUUAUAUUCAAGUCGAUUGAAUUUGUGGGAUAGACAAGGGAGAGAUUCCUGCAAGCGCGUUUUGAUUGAUUCGAUAAAAAAGGAUUUAGGAUUGGACCGACGAUUGUCUCCAACGAGCAGUCUCUCUCGAUCAGCCUUGCGCAGAUUGUUACGAAACCAGAGCCACGUGCUAUCUGUAUCUGUUAAAGAAAGCAUUCUUCAUAUGAGAGGCGACUCUGGGGGAUACACUUUGUGCUGUUCUUCCCUGUGCUUUUCUGCAUCUUAGUGGAGCUCUUAUGGGGUCAAAGGCUGUUGAAGUUUCUGAUGAAACCUGUCAUGUUAGCGGGGCGAAUCAGUAUUCUGUCAAUGUGAGUGAUAAUUUGUCUUCUUUCAAGAGCAAGGCAUGUGACAGUUUACAGCAUACCACCAGUGAGACAAGUAACCUACUUAGUGUCAAUUCGAGUUAUGAUUCUUUGUCUGAAAAUGCUGAAAGCAGAGCACCCCUAAGGUUUUCUAAUACUUCUGAUGAUUUAGAAGGUGUUGAGAAACUUCCAAAUACAUACAUUGAUUCUAAAGUUGUUCAAGUUCAUGAGGAUAACAUAUCAUGUGUAAGUAAAGCGAAUGAUACAAAUACAGCAUUCAGUAAUCAUAACAGGAAUGUAGAGAGGAAGAACCUUGCUUGUAGUUUAGCUUCAGUCGGUAGUGUAGGCCCUGAAGAAUUUGGAAAGCCACCCAAUUCAGUCUUCUUGGAGAUUCCUCAUUUGAAAAAUCCAAGUUCUGGCAGUGGCAGAUCGAAGGAGAGAGUGCCAGAAUUCUCUGGACUUAUGGACUCAUCAUUAACAAAAGAAGCAAUUACUAGCCAGAAAUUUGCAUCUUAUAAAGGUUUGGAGGCCUCUACAAAAAUUUGUCCAAAGUUUGAAGCAGAGACCAGUGAUGAUGGCCAAGACUCAAAACAGGAAGCUUUGAAAUUUUCAGAUCAUGGUGAACAGGAUAUUAAGUCUAGUCAGGUGGUUGGCGCAGCUGCUAUGCAGCCUUUGCAAUCCGUCAAUGGUGAUGACAGUGAUGAAUCUGAUAUUGUGGAGCAUGAUGUAAAGGUAUGUGAUAUUUGUGGGGACGCAGGUCGUGAAGAAUCACUUGCCACUUGUAGUAGAUGCAGCGAUGGUGCAGAACACAUCUAUUGCAUGCGAAAAAUGCUUCGGAGAGUUCCUAAAGGUGACUGGUUGUGUGAGGAAUGCAAGUUCACUGAGCAAACUGAAAACCAGAAGCAAGGUACAGAUUUAGAUGGAAACAGAAUGAAGAAAGCCAUCUUGAGUACCCAGCUCUCUAAUAAGAGACGUGCAGACAAUACAGAAGCGGCUCCUCCUUCUAAAAGGCAGACUCUUGAGACUCGGGUGGGAUCACCAAAGCCGCCCAGCCCUAAGAGAACAGUUGCAUUAUCACGUGAGUCUUCAUUCAAGAGUAUGGAUAAGGAUAAGUUGAAGUCCGCUUAUCAGACUUCUCUGUCCACUAAUGAUGUAUCAGAAGCUACACGCUCUCCAACAACCGGUCCUCGGCUUCACACAGCGAAGGGUGCCUUGUUAAAGUCAAAUUCCUUCAACAUGUAUACCAAAGCAAAGGUUAAACUUGUAGACAACAUUGUUCCUCAGAAGCAGAAGGGGUCUAAAGAGCAUGGUACUCUUGAUAUGAAGGAGAGGACAGCCAGAAUGAUGGGCAAAUCUGUGUCAUUCAGAUCUCCUGACUCGGGGCGUUCCAAUGUGUCCGAUUCAAAAGUUAAAAUGCUUUCAUCAAAAUUUAACCCUCUUCAAGAUCUAAAAGGAAUGAAACAACUAAAAGAGCGGAGCACAGUUGAAAGAAAAAAUUUGUCUAAACUAGAACGUCCUCCAGUUAGUUUGAUAACAUCAAGUGCUAUUGUUUCAACACCUAAGGUUGACCAAGCAUCCCGUGGUGAUACCAGUUUGCUUUCAUCUGUGAGCAACCUUCGAGAGCAUAAGGCUCAGCUAUCUGAUGGAAAAUUAAAUACGUCAUCAAAAGCAAUAAGUAGUCUAACUCGUAAAGGUGUUGAAACUCAAAGUUCUCCAGGUGGUUCUUCACCUAUUAGUGGAAUGUGUAGUGCUGCUUCUGAAGAAAAGUCGAACCAAGUUAUCUCUAACAAUGAACCUUUAUCCAGCUAUUCUCAGCCUGUUGAGAAAUUACCUGCUGAUGAUGAAGGGAAAUUAGAAGAUACACUUCGAUCAUGGGAAAUGACAAAUCAGACUGAUAAAACCAGGGAGACCUCUGUUCGCAGUAGGCCGAUUGUUGCAGCUAGUUCAAAAAGUCUUUUCUGUUCAAUUUGUAAGGAGAUUGGUCAUACUGCUGAAUCUUGCAAAAGCGGGAUUUCACAGGCUAGUGUUACUGAUGUUUCUUCUCCAAGAAGUUACAGGGAGGAGGUGCCAAGAGAUAGUAGGUUGAAAGAUGCAAUUCACGCAGCUUUGCUUAGAAAGCCUGAAAUAUACAAAAAGAAAACAUUGCCAGAUCAAUCUGAUGAAUUGUCCGCAUCCAACAUGGAAUCAAGUUCUGAAGUAGCUUCUCCAGAGUUUGUAUCAAAUAUGUUGAAUAAUAACACAUAUACUGAAGGAUCACAUGAUGGAGAAGCAAUUCCUGGGAGUUCUACUUCCGAUUUCUACAAGAAUACAUUACAGCCCGCUAAUUCUGUGAUUCCUUCCAGGGUGGUAGACUCUGGUUCUGUUCUUCCUUCUUUUGGGAAGUCAACAAUGAGAGAUUUGCAGAGACAGGCUUCAGUGGGGAUGUCUGUUCUUAUGAAGACAACAGCCAUUCCAGAAUAUGAAUACAUCUGGCAGGGCAGCUUUGAACUGCAAAGAGGUGGAAAUAUUCUGGAUCUAUGCGGUGGCAUUCAAGCUCAUUUAUCGACUUGUGCAUCACCAAAAGUACUUGAAGUGGUGAACAAAUUUCCGCACAAAGUUCCUCUGAAAGAAGUACCUCGUUUAUGUGUAUGGCCAGCACAAUUUCAUCAAAGUGGUGUUAGAGAGGACAAUAUAGCACUUUACUUCUUUGCCAAAGAUCUUGAGAGUUAUGAAAGGAACUACAAGAUCCUUAUAGAUGCAAUGAUCAAGAAUGAUUUAGCCCUCAAAGGAAGGUUUGGUGGGGUUGAACUUCUGAUACUCCCUUCAAAUCAGCUUCCUGAGAAAUCACAACGUUGGAAUAUGCUUUAUUUCUUAUGGGGUGUGUUCAGGGAGACAAGGGUGCAUUACAUAGAUUCUACUAGAAAAUUAGAUGUUCCUGGCUUGAAUGAUGUCUCAUUGGACAAUGACACUCCCACUGUGAUGGCUUUAUCCAAGAACCUGCACGUUCCCGAGCAUAUAGGUGCAGCUGACAGGUUGUCUGGUGCAGCCUCUGCAUCCAAGUCCCCAGAGCCUGUGGUUCUUACGGUUAGCAAGGAUCUUGAGAGCAAAGAUACGUAUCCGGAAGAGAUGUGUUUUGGUUCAAAAGAGAACUUGGUGCUACAGGAUAGUAGGGUUGACUCCGAAUACACAACAAACAAUGCAGGCUUGUCUGGAGGAGUUAAACGCACCACUCCUUCACUGCAAGAAGUUUGCCUUCGAGAGAGCAGACUAGACACCGUAGGGCCUGUUGGUAUGCAGAGAAUUGCAGAUAGAAAGAACAUGGUUGGUAUCCCAGGAGGUGAUGAGGAGGUGAUUUUGGAAAAAGUGAAAAUAGACAGGGAUGAAUUUAAACAAGUGAAGGAGCUGAAGAGAGAGGAUGGAUCUAAAGAAAUGGAAACAGCUUUUGUGAGAGACUUGACAACAAGAGUCAACUCUUGUCAGUCUAAUAAUAGAAUACAUCCCCAUAUAGAUCUGUCAGAGCCAGCAGCUUCUUCCACCACAAAUCAAGAAAUGCCAUGGAAUGUUGUGAAUACUAUGCAAAGAGAUGGACAGAGUGAUAGUAAGAAGCCAAAACUAGAUACUAGUGAACUACAUGGUUUUAGUACUUCAAAGUCUGUUCUUUCUACUUCAGAAGAGGAGAUGAAUUGUCCUGAAGCAUGUGAUGAAAAAGUUAUUCCAGAGGACUUGGGAACUACUGAAAGGCACUUCUUUCCUGUGGAAUCAAGGAAUGUCCAGGAUUUUCAGAUGGACAACAACUCUCUGCCAUGGAAAAAUUUCUCGUCAGGAAAUGAGGAUAAGUCUGACGGGUUUCCAAGUCUCGAGCUUGCUCUCAGGGCAGAAACAAAACCACCAAGUAAGGGAAAUCUGCCUUUCUUUGUCGGGUUAGGUGGUGAGAGAGAUAACCAGGAUAGGUCUUUAGUAAAAACACUUGGUGAGAAAGAGGAUGAUGUCUCUGCUUCACUUUCACUCUCGCUUUCUUUCCCCUUCCCAGACAAGGAACAACCUGUGAAACCUGUUACAAAAUCUGAGCAACUUCUGCCUGAAAGGCACCACGUGAAUACAUCACUGCUUCUGUUUGGGCGCUUUCCAGAAAAAUAGAAGGACAGUGAAUUUUGCACCAUGUAUCCUAGUGUGACUCUGCAUGUCGAUGACCUUGCUCGGGAGCCAGAAACCUCCAUUUCCUUUGUUCAUAUCUCCUAUAGGAUACUCACAGUUUUCUUUAUUAUGCUCCCAUUUUGUUAGUGUUUUGUCUCUCUGGUUUCUGAGUAUGUUAUUAUAACGGCUGUUUGUACAUAUAAGAGAAUGGAAGCCGAAUGUCACUAGGCUAAACAACGUGACGCCAACUUUUAAGAUUUGAGGUUAAUUGGUAUCCAUUAGAAUUUAAAUUACCAUAAAGAACAUGUUUGGAGCCUUC